UUCAGAUCUUGACUUCACGAGCUACUGAAAGCAGGAAAAAGAAACGAGAGGGGGGAAAAAAGAAAAAAAAGGAAAAAGAAAAAAAAGAAAACAUAUAUAAAACAAAUAAAAUCUCACUGGCUUCAAUUUCGAAGAAUUAUCGAUUACUGAAAGAUCGAAGGGCGAUCUCUAAAGCAAAUGAGGAAAGAUGUUUGGGGCCGGAGAGGCGCAGCUCUGAGGCAAGCGAAGCAUUUUAAGGGAUUGGUUGGAAAAUUUUCAAUUGCUUUGGUAGUUCUCGUGAUCUGCACUCUUUGGCUCUUCUCUACGACCGGCCUGAAUCGAUCCUCAGAUAAAGAGCAGGACUUUAACGUGGAUAAGCUUUGGGGACCUGCUACUUCUGGUGGUUGGAGGCCGUCAUCAGCUCCACGUUCAUACUGGUCCCCUCCUCAAAAACAGAGCAAUGGAUUUUUGCGGGUUCGUUGCAAUGGCGGCUUAAACCAACAACGUAGUGCGAUAUGUAAUGCAGUUCUUGCGGCACGAAUCAUGAAUGCAACAUUGGUGUUGCCUGAGUUGGACACGAACUCCUUUUGGCAUGAUGCAAGCGGUUUUCCAGGUAUCUAUGAUGUUGAGCAUUUCAUCAGAUCAUUGAGGUACGAUGUCAAUAUUGUGGAAAGCCUGCCUGAAAUUUCUGGACGUGGGAAAAAGAAAAGGAUGAAAGCUCAUCAGAUGAACCCGCCUAGAGAUGCUCCUCUAAGCUGGUACACAACAACUGCGUUGGGAAAGAUGAUGGAACAUGGUGCUAUCUAUCUAACUCCUUUUUCGCACCGCCUUGCAGAAGACAUUGAUGACCCCGAACUUCAGAGGUUAAGAUGCCGAGUGAAUUAUCAUGCACUAAGAUUCAAGCCACAAAUUAUGAAACUAAGUAGUGAGAUCGUAAAUAAGCUCCGGGCAGAAGGCCACUUCAUGUCUAUACACCUGAGAUUCGAAAUGGAUAUGCUUGCAUUUGCUGGGUGUUUGGAUAUAUUUACGCCCGAAGAACAGGAGGUCCUGAUAAAGUAUCGGAAAGAAAAUUUCAAGGAGAAAAAACUUAUUUAUAGAGAAAGGAGACUUAUUGGGAAGUGCCCCUUAACUCCGGAAGAGGUGGGUCUUAUCUUGCGCUCCAUGGGAUUCGAAAACAAUACCAAGAUCUACAUUGCCGCAGGUGAACUCUUCGGUGGAGAUCGUUUUAUGAAGCCAUUUCGUUCUCUCUUUCCAAACCUUGAGAAUCACAACACAGUAAGUCCAAAUAAAAUUGAAGAGGGCGCCCAAAGGCUCGUUGGCUCUGCUGUAGACUACAUGGUUUGCCUCUUAUCUGAUAUCUUCAUUCCAACCUAUGAUGGCCCCAGCAAUUUCGCCAACAAUCUCAUGGGUCAUCGCCUUUAUUAUGGCUUUCGAACCAUCAUUCAACCUGAUAGAAAAGCAUUGGCUCCCAUUUUCAUGGAUAGAGAGGAGGGCCGAGGUGCUAAAUUCGAAGAGAGAGUUCGGAAUGUUAUGGCUCGAACUAAGUUUGGAGAGCCUCACAAGCGAGUUCGACCUGAAUCAUUUUAUACAAAUUCCUGGCCUGAAUGUUUCUGCCAGGUUUCACCUAAAAAUCCUGCCGAUAAAUGCCCCCCUGAUAAUGUAGCAGAAGUUCUGGAGAGUGAAGGAAGUGAUGGUUUUGAGGAGGGAAAAGUGAAUAAUAGAACAGGGUUAAAAUAGGGUUGGAUCUGAAAUUAUUCUUUAGUCCUCUCAGCUGUAUAUUGUUAAGAGAUGAUAUAUUUUGUGCACAGGAAUUUAAGAGCUGUUGUGAAAUCAGUGGACUACCUUUGGUCA